AACGUGCUUGCACUGGGCAAGACAUCACACGAUUUAACUCCAAGAGAAAGUGAAUUGUGACACCGGGCGCUCGGAGACGACGAAAACCAGGCUUUGAACGGUAACCAGUCCGGCAGAAUUAUUUCAUAUUCACAAAGCCACAAAGCUCCAAAACGCAAGUAUUUAAGAACUCAGACCUCAGACAUAAAGCGAAGACCACUCUUAAGUCUCAUCGUCAAAGAACGAUAGCAAUCCGCACGAAAAUGGUCCAGGAUAAUAGCGUUCCUUCCAGUCCAGUAGACGUGGCUUUUGAGGAACUCUUUGAAGUUAUUCCAGAGUUAAAGAUGUUCACCCCGGCACAAGUCGUACCAGGCGCUGAUAACGCGGAGCAAGAUGGGCUUAUGACUGGGUCUCUGGGCCUCGAAGAAGCCCGGAUGUACAAGAGUGAGCCAGAUCUGCGAAUUAAGAGCGAGCCAUCAGCCUUUAGCGAGGUAACCAACUACUGGCUUCAAUGCAGCAUGCAGCUGGGCGACACGCAAUACCAGACACACGCGCGUGAUCCUUUCCUAUGCGCGCGUGAUCCCUUCGCCAGCUUUCAUGAGCAGAUGGAUAACUUGGAGUGGCGGCCGCCGGUACUUCAAGCCAUGGCUCUGUGCAAGCAAGAAUCUGCCUCUGAAGUAGACGAGAUGUUGAUAAGUCAGACGCAGAACGCUUGUCAGCUUGGAGCAAGAAAAGAAACAUCUGAAAGUCAAUGCAAAGUAUUCAUGCCUUCGUACUGGGACCAACAGUUUGUGAAUGACUGUGAACCAUGGUACGAUCAUCUAGAGAAUCCUCGCGGUAAACCUUUCGUCGGCGGACCUAGGAACGGCAUCUUCAAGAGCGAAAACGCAAACAGCUUUUUCAAAGAAGAAGAUCCUACGAAAGACGAAACUGACAUGGUGCAGGACCGAGACUCCGAAAGCCCCGCGAGUUUCACGAGCGUGGAUAGUCCUCCAGAGUUUCCGUGGAACACACGAACCAUCCCCGGUUCCAGAACGAGUGAUAUAAGCGCAUUUAGUUCAACAGAACAGAAGUUUGUGAUGCACAAAAACCACAAAACAACCUUUAAGUCCGGUCGCCCUCGAUUGUGUCAAUUCUUGCUCGAGCUCCUUAACCACCCAGAUAAAUAUGGCUACAUGAUCGACUGGAUCGACAAAGAGAAAGGCGUGUUUAAGUUCAUCAACUCCAGCGAAGUAGCGCGCUUGUGGGGAAAUCGUCGUAAUAAGCCCUCCAUGAAGUACGAGAACUUUGCUCGCUCCUUGCGCACCUACAUUGCUAAAGGAAUACUUGCAAAGCCUCGCAGCAAACUGGUCUACCAAUUCGCCAGAGUAAAAAGUUGAAGCUCUUUACAACAACCACAAUACUACCAUACUCGACCCCAACCUCCGACACAGAAAGAACACUAGAAUCGCCUUAAAGAUGAGACCAGAAGGAAGAAAAUCCCAGAUGUUGUUGCUUAAGGCACUACAGUGUUCGGAAUGGGUUCGCCACUAGGCGGAAAAGGAAAGACGCCGAAGAACGAGACAUCAAGUCAUAAGGACUCGACUUGAGUUUAUACCACGAGACUGAGUUUAUACCACGAAGAAAAAAGAUAUUUAAUUAGAUAUUACGUACGAUAUCCAAUCGAAUUAGGCGCAGUCGAACCUUCUGAACAACGUAGAAUUUGAAGCAAGAAUAACCUAAAAAGACAGUAUUUUUUAUUCUAACAAAGUUAAAUUGCAAGUUAAAUAAUAAUUAGAGUUUCCCUUUCCUCUGUCCUUUUACUUUACUGCCAAAGUGUUCGAUUCCGAGGCCAUAUGGCGUUCUCUUAUAAUAUAAUUGAUUUUUAGAUGACAUUGCAAAAAGUUAGAUGAUGCUAUUUUGAUCCCUCCCCCGAAAAAAAAAAGAAUAAAACAA